CAACAACUGCUACAAGAUCUGCGGAUUAGGGUACAAGAACUACAGAAAUCAUGGCUUGGUGGUCGUUAGGUGUUUUCCUGCUCGCCAUCAGUUUGCCUUCCCCGUUGAUAGCUUCAUAUUUCCCCGAGGCAAUCUUCGGCACACCGGUCAAAGCGUCCGUAGUCUCCUACGAGAAGGACUCUCUGGACUUCCGUGGCCAGCCCGUCUACCGGAUCGAGUUCACGGUACGGACUGAGGGUGGCGAGGAGGUGGAGGGGUUCAUCCACCGCAGCUUCGCCGACUUCCAGCACUUUGACUCCCUCAAGUCAUGGUACUACAAGGAGCUGCGUCUACCAGCAAACACCGGCAACACCCUGGCGAACCUGGACGCCUACAUGAAAGCCUCAAUCACGGACUAUGACUCUCUUGCUCAGACGACCCUCUACGGCGACUUCCUGGGAAUAAACUGGGAUGGGAACGAUAUCAAGUACCUCAAGAACUUCUUGACGUUCAUGAAGUUCUUGCUGUCCGAUCGUCUACCUAUUUUCCCACCAGAGCCGCCCGUGUUCGACACCGAAAAGGACGCUCUGGUCCCCGUGAUGCCGUUCGAAAACUACAUCUUCAUGCGUUCCUUCCGUUUCGAGGACAUCGGGUUCGAAGCUUUCUCGGAGUAUUACCAGAAUUACGUAGCGACGUUGCCGGUGUUCGCUGGGGCAGAGGACGAUUCGGAUGUCUGGGCGCCUGGUAUGGUCACCCCAAUGAAGUACCCGUACCACUACGAUAAGACCUACGUCCACUUCACCCCCGGGGGUUACCUGAACGGACGCAGUGUCCGUAUGUCUUACAGCACCUACAAUAAGUUCAACUUUGAGAACGAGGUAAUUUUGAAGCCGUGGUUUCAGCAGCUGCAUGGUCGUCGAGCGCCGAAGAGAAUAUUGGACGUGGGAACCGGGAACUGUGGUUCGGCUUUCGUCUUGGGGGAGAUAUUUCCUCAAGCUGAGGUCAUCGGUAUUGACUUGGCACCAGCUUACAUCAGAUUCUGCCGUCUCUGGAAGGAACAACGCGGCGCCAAGAACGUCUUCUUCUACCAGGCUAACGGCGAGAUGACCCCGUUCGAGUCAGGCUCGUUUGACCUGAUUCAGUUUACGUACGUCCUCCACGAGAUGCCGCAAGAGAACAGCAAGAGGGUCUUACGGGAGAUCCAUCGGCUGCUGAAGCCGGGCGGUGUGGUCAGCGGCUUUGACGUUUUGUAUUGGAAGGAUCCAGAGUGGCGAAAUAUGAACGUCGAAAGUAACACAUAUGGCGUCGACUGGAACUCCACUGCUCAGCAUGGUCCCGAGCCAUACAUGGACGAAUACCAGAAUGGAUUACAACUUCCAAGCUACCUUCAGGAGAUAGGAUUCCAGAUUCAACAUAACAUCCGUUACAGUAACGUGGAUGGGAUUUACGUGGCGCGCAAACCGCAUUUCCAUCUGUAAAGUUUCUUUUCAAAAACCAACAGAUACAAGUAAUAUAACAAGAAACAAUAUUUGUAAUCCAGAAGAUGUUAAAUUCUGUAAUCCAGUAGGAAGACUAACUGUAUACUGAACGCAUUUGCCAUAUGAUGUAAUACUGCAGGCUGGCAAACUUUAUCAUUCAACACCAUAGUGGAUGGUAUUGAAUGGUCAGACAGUAGGAGGGUUGACUGUCUACUGUGAAUAUACCGUCAUCACAUGAUAUAAUUUUGUAGGCUGACAUGGUUAAUAUAUCAAUCACUCAAAACAACAGUGGUUGAUAUUGAGUGGACAGACAGUGGGAGGGUUGGCUGUAUACAUGCAUUCAACACAUUAUAUCAUAUUGAAGGCUGCGAUGAAAUCUAUUAUUCAUAACCACAGUGGUUAAUAUUGAAAGGUCAGACAGUAAGAGGGUAUCAGAAAGUUCAAGGUUUGUAGAAAUUACCAACCAACGCUUUCCAUCUCCUAAAAUUGAAACAAGCUUUGGUUUCACUCCUUUAAGCCAAAAUGUUCACGAAGUACAAAUAAUCAAUUCAAUGUAAGAUUUUUAUGUUUAAUAUUUUAAUACAACCUCAAAGUAUUGCACUUUACUUUGACAAGUAAAAUCUCUGAGUUGUCAGGGAAACAGAAAGAAAUAAUAAUGAUAAUAAGCCAUACUUAUGUGAAGAAUAAACAGCACAUACAGUCUUUUGUUAAAUGAUUAAACAUAUGAAUUAACAAGGUAAUUAAUUAACCUAUCCGUCAUGGUGUGGUUAAAACAAAUAAAAGAUAAUUGUGUUUGUAUUUCAAGCACUUGAUUAAAAAAGUAAAUACAAAACAAACUUUAAAUGGCUAGAAUUUCUCCUGUGGUUACUGUAAUAUUCUUAACUGUCUUAAAAUCUCAACCUUGCUUAGCUUAAAUCAAUUAAACUAAUGUAAUAGUACACAAGUAAUGAAUGUUUGUGAGUGCAAUGAUGCGAAUAUGUACAUGAGUUGAAAGACGGAAUAUUUCCAUUCAACGAUGCCGAGUCAAGUUGAAUGGAACAUUCCAUCUUUCUCUCAAAAACAUUCUCUCAAAUGCCUGAAUGCAAAAUAUUAAUUUUAUAUUCGUUUUAUAUAGCAUCCAUCUAGUAAAUCUUGGCGAUUUGGAGCAAAAAAACAAAAUAACAUUUCCAAAAUAACGUAGGCCUAAUUCUGCUAUUUCCACCAACAAAACAAGAGCCUUUGACCUACCGUUUACAGCGCAUGCACGCACAUGGUUCAACAGGCACUUGAUGUACCAAUAUGUAUAUGACAUCUGAUGAGAGCGCGUGGUGGUAGUAGAUAGUACCAGAAAUAUUGCGAAUAAUGAGUCCUGAAGUGUGACCUCCAACUCCAAAUCCAAGAUAUAAAUUUACUUGAGUCUUAUAACCAACCAAUAUUAUAAACAAAAUAGCAUGUAUGUGGUACUCCAUGCUAAAACCAGGCACUUCUGGCCAAACAGCAGAAGUAUGUUGUAUUUUAUUUGAUUCAACCCUCACACCCCUAGGUGUGUCAGCACUCUAUACUCCGUACUUUCCUCGAGUUCUGUGCAAAAAAUUCACUGGCACGUUACUCGGGUGGGAUUCACACCCACGACUGUUGCUAUUCUAGGGCAGAUGUCCCAUUUGCUCAUUCUAUAGAUGAGCAGAACUUACAAGUAACUCCUAAUAACUCCACAAUACCUUACAGAGUCGCUAAAUUUCAACAAACCUGGCCGGAGUGGGCUCCGUAUCGGCCAGAAUCUAACAAUCCCUCGCACACACAAAAUGGCAGGGGACCGGUCCUUUUCAGUCGCUGGUCCCCGGUGCUGGAACGCCCUACCAAGUCAUAUUCGGAACACCAACACACUCCAGACAUUCAAGAGUAAAUUAAAAACAUAUCUAUUCUCAUAAUCGUCUUUUCCGUAGCACUCUUCCAGCGCAUUGAAUUUUGUAAAAUGCGCUUUAU